CAGUUCAAUUAAAUAAAAUAUAAAAUAAACCGGUUUAUUCUGAAAUCAAUCAAUGUCUAUCGAUUUGGGUUUGAUCGUUUGCAAUUGCCAAUUUUUACUCUGAAAACAGACUAUUUGAUUAUCACAAUCAUAUCAAAUUGUUGAUAUUCAUAUGAUGAUAAUCAGCAAACAAACAAAAACGAGCAAAGAAAAAAAAUGACGAAUAAAAAUCAUCAAUAACAUCAUGUCGAUACAAGCAACCAGAAUUCUACGUUUCCGUUCAAUCAGAUUGAAUCGGACAAUAACAACAACAACAGCUGCAACAACAGCAACAGCAACACUGAAUGAUAAAUCAAAUAAUCGAACGGAUAUUGCCAUUUUUGGUGGUGGAAUUAUUGGUUCAUCCAUAGCAUAUUUCAUCAAGGAUAAAGCACCAAUCAAUUUGUGUGUUACGGUCAUUGAAAGAGAUCCAUAUUUUUGGUUCAUGUCAACAACCAAUCUGUCAAUUGAGGGGAGACGAGUCAACAAAAAAAUGUACCCAGAAUCUAACCCUAUUCCUGUCCUAUUAUUGUUCCUUUCGAUAUUCAUCCAUGCAACAGCAACAACAAGUGAAACGAUUGAAAAUGAAACCAAAUUGUUUCAUUAUCCAAAUGUUUAUCGUAAUGAAACAAUUUAUGAUGAAUUUUUUGGAAUAAAAAUUUAUGAUCCAUAUCGAUGGCUUGAAAAUACAAUCAGUAAUGAAACGAAACAAUUUGUUCGACAACAAAAUGCCAUAACAUUGCCUUAUCUUCAAUCAUGUAAAUAUAGAGAUCAUAUCCGUAAAAAGUAUAGACAAUUAUUGGAAUAUGAACGUGUUGUUUGUCCAUUCAAACGUGGUCCAUAUUAUUUUAUUCUAAAAAAUAAAGGAUUACAAAAUCAUUAUAUCCUGUAUAAAAUGCCAAAUGGACCAGAUGAUCUGGAUAAUGUUGAAGUGUUUAUUGAUACCAAUAAAAUGAGUUCUGAUGGAUCUAUAUCAAUGGCAUCAACAAGUUUUUCCAGAGAUGGUAAAUGGUGUGCAUAUGGAUUGGAUGAAUCUGGUUCUGAUUGGAAUAUAAUACGAAUACGUUCAACGGAAAAUAAUACCGAUUUGAAUGAAAUAUUGACAAACAUUAAAUUUUCAUCUGCAUCGUGGACAAAUGAUAAUCAAGGAUUUUUCUAUUCGCGUUAUCCAAAUGAAAGUCGAAUUGAUGGCACUGAAACGGCAGCGAAUAAAUUCAAUAAACUUUAUUAUCAUCGUAUUGGAACCGCACAACAAGAUGAUAUUCUAGUCUAUGAAACACCUGAUCAGCCAAUGAAUCGUUUCUAUGGCAGGGUUAGUGAUUGUGGUCAAUAUUUGAAUGUAUUCAUUAAACAAAAUAGUGAACAUGAAGCAUGGUAUUAUUAUCGUUUCGGUGAUAAUCAAACUGAAAAAAUUACCGGUAAACUUCGGCUUGAACCGAUAAUAUCGACAUUUGAUUCAAAUUUUGCAUACAUAUCAAAUGAUGGACCAAUUCAUUACGUACACACUAAUCGUAAUGCAUCAAAUUAUCGUCUGGUCAAAGUAAAUCUGACUGAUCAAUAUAGCUAUCAUGAAUCAAAAUGGACAGAUUUAAUUCCUGAACAUCAAGAUGAUGUUUUACGUGUCGUAAGAAUAGUGAAUAAUGAUUACAUUAUUUGUCAUUAUAUUCGUGAUAUUAAAAGUCGGCUAGAGAUACGAAAUUUAACCGAUGGAACUUUGAUAAAACAAUUGGAAAUUCCAUUAGGAUCAAUCGAAUGGAUCACUGGACAACGACAGAAUGAUAGCCAGAUAUUUUUCUCGAUUACAUCAUUUUUAACACCAACAAGUAUUUAUCGUAUCAAAUUGAAUAAUACUGAUGAUGAACCGGAUUAUCUGAAAUCAACGAUAUAUCGACAAUCGUGGCCAAAAAAUUUUAAUGCAAGUAAAUUUGUGACCAAACAAAUUUUCUACACAAGUAAAGACGGUACCAAGAUUCCAUUGUUUAUAGCGCAUAAAAAAGACAUAACAAUGAACGGUGAAAAUCCAACAUUACUAUAUGGAUAUGGUGGAUUCAAUAGCGUGACGAAACCACGUUUCUCACCAUCAAAAUUGAUCAUGUUGGAAAAUCUAAAUGGUAUCUAUGCAUUGGCUGGUAUUCGUGGCGGUGGUGAAUAUGGAAAACGAUGGCAUAAUGAUGGAAAAUUGUUGAAUAAACAAAAUAGUUUCGAUGAUUUUAUUGAAGCAGCCGAAUAUUUAAUCCGUAACAAUUAUACAAAUGCACAAAAAUUAAUCAUUGAAGGUGGAUCCAAUGGUGGACUGUUGGUGGCGGCCGUUUCAAAUCAACGACCAGAUCUAAUUGGUUGUGUCAUUUGUCGUGUUGGUCUAUUGGAUAUGUUACGUUUUCCACGAUUCACCAUUGGACAUGCAUGGAUAUCGGAAUAUGGAAAUCCAGAAUCAGAUGAAACAUAUUUCCAUUAUUUAUAUGGUUAUUCACCGUUGCAUAAUAUUCCUGACGGAAAUAAUGUGACCAGUUAUCCGGCUACAAUUUUGUUUACUGCUGAUCAUGAUGACCGAGUGGUGCCAUUACAUUCAUAUAAAUAUAUUGCACAGCUUCAAUAUCAACUUGGCGAUCGUUUCGCCCGUAAACCAUUAUUAAUACGUAUCGAUACCGGUACCGGGCAUGGUGGUGCAAAACCAACGGAUAAAAUCAUUGACGAUACGGUGGACAUUUACAGUUUUAUUAUCAAUUCAUUAUCAUUGAAAUAUUUGGAUUAACAUAAACACCAUGAAUUAUUGAAAUUCAAAUAGUUUUUUUUGUGUGUGUGACCAUUUGGAAUUUUCAACAACCAAAAACAAAACAAAAAAAAAUGGAUAAUAAUCACAUUUGGGAUGUAUUUUGUGUGGAUUGGCCUGUGAAAAAAAUCCAAGAAUUAGAAAAUGAUUAAAAAUUCCAAUUUCAAAAAAAUUA